AUGCCUUCACUCGGCAUCCAAAUGAUCCAGAUUAACUUGCAUCACAGCAAGAGCGCCUCGGCUAUCCUAGCCAGGAGUAUGGCUGUGAUGCAUACAAGUAUUGCACUAAUCCAAGAACCAUGGAUUGUGAAAGGUGCAGUAAAAGGACUGAGUGGUUGCAGCUGCUUAUACAAAGCACACUCAGAUAAUAGAGUAAGAUCAUGCAUUUUAGUAAAAGGACUAAAUGCUAUCUUUCUGCCACAGCUCAGCAGCGAGGACCUCACAGUCAUCAACGUGAGAGUAAAGCUAGCCGAGGAAAAAAACAUGGAAGUAUUAAUAUGGUCAGUUUAUAUGUCCUAUGACUCCACGGAUCCACCACUACAUGAAGAGGUAAAAAACCUCGUGGCCUAUGCGGAAGCCAGGGAGUUUGAACUCCUGCUGGUUUGCGAUGGGAACUCCCACCAUGUAGGAUGGGGAGGCACAGACACCAACCUGCGGGGGGAGAGUCUCCACAACUACCUAAUGGGCACAGGAUUAACUAUUCUCAAUAGAGGAAACGAGCCCACAUUCCUGGACUCCAGAAGACAGGAAGUCAUCGAUAUAACAAUUUGUGCGGAGAGGGUGGCGGGUCUGGUGAACGACUGGAGGGUCUCGGAUGAGCCCUCUGGCUCUGAUCACAGACAAAUACGCCUAACUCUUCAACAAAUACAGCAAAUCAGCUGGGUUUGCAACCCACAAAAAACCAACUGGGAGGGCUUUAGGGCUGACCUUAAGGCCCAGCUUGCUAUGGCUUCAACCAGUUUCGGAACCAAAAACAACUUGGAAAACGUGGCGGACUUUCUAAAAAACGCCAUUAUAAACGCUUUUAAAUUAAACUGCUCACCUAAACCCAGGAAUCCGGUGAACAAGAUCCACUGGUGGAAUAAAGAGCUCGGUAAGCUCAGAUUGGAAACGAGAAAGAAAUUCAGCAAAGCGACAAGAACAGGACUUGCAGUACACUGGGAGGUCUUUAGAAGCUCCCAACGAGAGUACAGCAAAGAGAUUAAGAAAUCAAAAUGCAAAAGCUGGAGAUGUUUCUGUGAAAGCAUUGAGAGCGCCCCGGAGGCAUCCAGGCUUUACAGAAUUUUCAGUUUGGAUCAUCGUCCCCAAUUAGGCUGUCUCAAGCUCCCAACGGGGAAUAUCACUGAGGAGGCAACGGACACAUUGAAACAUCUAAUGGAAGUCCACUUCCCAGGUUUUGAUCAUAACAUACAACCCUGCCGACCNAAGCCUAGGGAAUAUAAACUCAGGGACUGGCGUCUGGAAGCUGAGGUUGUUUUUCCAAAGGGAGUUGAAUGGGCUGUUAAAACCUUCUCUCCCUAUAAAUCACCUGGACCGGAUGGAAUUUACCCGGUUCUUCUCCAAAAGGGGCUGGCGGUUCUUAUAGGUCCAUUAACAAAAAUCUUCCGGGCUAGUAUAGCCCUAAAACACGUCCCCCAGGCUUGGGGUGGUAUAAGAGUAAUCUUUAUACCCAAACCUGGUAGAAAUGGCCAUAUAGCAGCCAAAGACUUCAGACCGAUCAAUCUCACUUCCUUUGUACUGAAAACACUGGAGAGACUGGUUAAUAGAUAUCUGAAAAUUGGCCCUUUGCUAGUACAUCUGCUGUCUCCGGCUCAGUAUGCCUACAGGGAGGGCAGAUCAACAGAUACUGCCUUGCACCAUCUCGUGGGCGGAGUCGAAGUGUAG